UGGUACUCUUUGGCCGUUGCGUUGCAUCGAACUCGAAACCAAACUCCAAAGUUUGUUGAAGAUUUGUGUGCUUCCAUAAUGCGUCUUGUGAUAGUUUUUUUGUUAUUUGUAACAUUAAUUGGAUCACUAACUUUUGGUGAGAAAGUAGUCAAAUAUGCCGCAAUUAUUUAUAGACACGGGGACAGGACUCCAGUGAGUGUGUACCCCACCGAUCCUUGGAAGAAUGAAUCUCUCUGGCCUGCUAAAUUUGGGGAGCUUACGAAUAUAGGCAAAAGACAACAUUACGCACUCGGCCGAUGGCUUAGGAAACGGUAUACGAAUUUAAUUUCUGAACAAUUUGAUCCUACAGAAAUAUAUGUAAGAUCAACAGAUGUCGACCGGACACUUAUGUCAGCUCAGGCCAAUUUGGCAGGCAUGUAUCCACCAUCUGGCAGUGCAAUAUGGGACACACAUUUACUAUGGCAACCAAUUCCUGUACACACAAGGCCAGAAAAGGAUGAUGAAGUAUUGGCAAUGAAAAGAAAAUGUGUCCCUUACGAUAAAGAAAAGGCGAAAUAUAUGCACUCAAAAGCCUACAAGGAAAGACUUAGUAAAUAUCAAGGACUUAUGGACUACCUAACUGCAUAUACUGGCAUGAAAGUUAAUGAUUAUUUGGAUAUCGAAGACAUUUAUAAUGUACUCUAUAUUGAAACUCUUUAUAACUUCACACUUCCAAAGUGGACUCAUUCGGUGUAUCCUGAUAAAAUGAAAGAACCAUCAUGUUACAGUUUUGUUACUGCGACCGCAACUCCCUUAAUGUCGCGACUGUUGUCCGGUCCGCUACUUAAAGAAAUAGUUGGCGAAAUGAAUACUAUCAUAACAAAGAAGAACCCAAAUCCCCUGAAACUAUCAAUAUAUAGUGGACAUGAUUUUACAAUUGCCAACGUACUAUGUUCUAUUGGGGUGUACGAUGGAAACUGUCCAGUUUAUACGUCCACAAUCAUUUUUGAACUGCUUCAAGACAACAACACUACAGGCUAUUUUAUACGAAUGUUAUAUAGAAACUCAACAGGCAUUGUUGAACCACACAUUCUUGAUAUACCCCACUGUGGACAAAUAUGCCCCAUUGAAAGAUUCGUUAAGUUGUAUGAGAACCUUCUAACUGUUGAUUGGCAGAACGAGUGUAUGAAACAGAGUUCACCUACGAUUGGAGCUGCAUUAUUUUUGGCGUUAAUAAUAUUUAUGUAUGUGAUACAACAAAUUCAUAUCGUAAGAGUUGAAAUGCGACGGGCUCAAUUUCCCUACACUAGUGUUGAUAACCCUAAGGCCAUACUCGAGACGAAUACAGGACACUGACUUACUAGUAUUUAAGCUAUUGUAACAAUUUUUAAAAUACUUUUUGUUUUGAUUUGGUGUCAGUUUUUCUAUUUUUUUUUUUAAUUUAACUGUAUUAAUUUAAAUUUAAUUGUAAUACUAGUAUAUACUAUGUAAUAUAGUAUAUGUAGUAUAGUAUAUACUAUGUAAUAUGUAGUAUAUAGUAUGUAAUAGUAGUAUAUACUGACCAGGAGCAUUUGCCUGUAAUGUAUCAGCUUGGAUUCGAGCAUUACAUCGGUGAGUACGUCAAGCCGUACAUUACCUAAAUUUGCACUGUAAUGUAAUUUUCACUUGUAAUGAAUAAUGAAGAACUGAUAAUAUUGCUGUAGUGAGAAAGCGAUUGUUCCUUCGUUAUAACUGCACCAAUGCAAUGUUAUGCUCAAAGCCGACUUUCAGAUGGUUACAUGUAAAUGCUCUUGUGUGGUGGUUCGCUAACUCAGUAAUCAACACUGAAUAAUAGCCAUCAAGCUCAUUUGACAUUUGAUUUGGUUGAUUCCAUUGUCCACAUUGCUGCUUCACUGAGUGAUAUCAAAAUAUUUUUGUUUUUAAACGACUUCAAAAAAGGAGGAGGUUC